ACACCAAAUCCAAAAACGGGGGGCUUUUGCGACCUCGGACCUGAGGAGCCACCGGAGAAGGAGUUCGAGAAAGCGAAGGCGCUCUUCCAGUCAAUCCAGCACGGCGGCUCGAAAAAGCACGAGGGUCUGGAGACGGACAGCCAAACUUGCACGCUGUACGAGCACAUGGUGGGCAUAGCCAAGUACAUACUCGAGCACCAGCCUGUUCAGGCGCUGGACCAAUUUGAAGAGCUCAGUCGCCUGGUAAAACGCGAGAUGGGUCUGGAGGACGAGUUUAUGAAUGCUGGAUUCACUGAAGCCCGCGAGGACGCUGUUGCUAAUACUAAAGGGCCCAAACCACCGGAAGUGGUUUUUGCUGAAGCUGAAAGAGCUAUCUAUCGCCAUCCUGAUCAUGUGUGGAACAAAUCACCCUUGGUGGAACCACCUCUUCCCGCAUCGUAUGCUAGCAACUUUGAGGAGGAUGAGGAAGAGAUGGCCGCUAUCCCAAACCUCUGCGAACAACUAUCGUUAAUCGAACAGUCUGGAAUAGGUCUGGGUGGAGAAGAGCUGACUCGAAUAGGUCUGGCUUUGCGCUUUCUGUGGAAAGUGCUCCAGGACAGUGUAACGAAAUUGCGCUUUUGGGGCAAGAUAUACGGCCAAAAGUCAGACUACUACAUUGUUGAGGCUGAGUUCGAGGGCGAUUCAGAACCUAUCGAUAAAAUCCCUGGGCCCUGGGAUAAGUGGCGCCUACCCAAGCCACCCAAAGUGAUACAAGAACAGGAUACGGAGGAAUUUAAAGGUGGAAGUCCUCUAGAGGAAAAUUUGAUUCUUAUCCGUAAACAUGAAGGUGGAAGAGGCACCACGAAGGUGGAAGUGGCCCAUAAACAGUUUCCUAUUGCAGCAAUGCUAUUGAAGGAAGAGACAGUGGCAAACCUACCUGUGGAAAAACGAGUGCUGAUAAAUCUGCCGAAGAAUAAGUUUAAACCACCUACUCGGUAUCCACGGGAGCCGAGAGGUAGAGGCCUGAAUCGAUGGGACUACUUCGUAUCCAACAGCCUCGGUGAUGACACAUGGGUGCGCCUGCCCAUUGUAAAGCCGGAGCACGUUGUAGCGGCUCGUCAAUCAAUCCACUUCUUCACUGGUGACCUCAACGCUCCUGUUGGCGAACUACCCUGCGGAGUGGGACCCUUUCCUGGACUCGAAGUACACUACCUUCGUGCCCAGAUUGCUCGCAUAUCCUCCGGCACUCAGGUUUCACCAGCUGGCGUUUUUGAGCUCGACGAGGAGGAUGAACCUGAAGAAGGCGAGAAACCAGAGAAUUUGCUGAUGGCCGAGGAGUACGAGCCUAUGGAGUUUGCCGAUCUGCUUGAUCCCUCAAACUGGGUCCACCACAGGCCUUUUAUAUAUUCAAUCGGACGUAUUAAUUGGUUGUCUAGCAAAAAAGCAGCAGCCGCAAUGAAGGCGAUCGAAGCUGAGGAAGAGGGUGAAGAUGAAGGCGCAACGCCACGGGCUGACAACGAUGAGGAAGCGAUGGAAGAGGAAGGAGAGGAAGAGGAGGAAGAAGAAGAAGAGGAGGAAGGACCCGAUCUUCUCACACCGGUAGACGAGGACAACCCAUUGAAGCCCCUUGGGCGGGUUGGCGAGUCGUUUCUUGGCCAUCUUAACUCUGCCCCUGCGUCUGCCUGGAACGUCCGUCCGUCAACUGUCCUCUUCCCCGUCAAUUGCGCCAUAGCAGUUAUCAGCAGCUCCAGGUGGCCUGGAGCUUACGCCCUCUCUCGCAGCACCAACUUCGUCAAUAUUUACCUUGGUUGGGGGAACAAGUUCUUAGGAGCCAGCUACCAGCCACCGAGGUUGCAGCCACUGUCAAAAGAGUUUGAUGAAGAUGCUGUGGGUUUAAAGGAGACGAUGGAUCCAACAGUCCAGCAAGAAGAGGAGGAGCGUUUGCGGAAGGAGGCAAGGCGAAACAUGGUCGAUAGUGCUUCUGAGUUGGAUCUUGAAUCCGACGCUAGCUCCAUUGAUGGCCACACAGGAAGAUGUGAACAAUUGCAGCGACAAGUAGAGUUACUGCAGCAACAAAAUCGGAUGCUUAAAACAGAGGUUGAUCAACUUACUCUACGAGUGAAGGGUUUGGCUGAAAAGAAUGAACAACUCCGAAGAAACAGUGUUUCCAUUUUGGCACAGGCUGAGAGGGAGGAGGAAUACAUAAGCAAUACUCUUCAGCGACAAAUCUCAGAGUUAAAGAAAGACAAGGAAUCUCUCGUGGUUAAGUUUGAAGAGGAAGAGGAGCGACUUAUCAAUGAGCUAAAUCGUAAACUAACGCAGCUGCAAAAGGACAAGGAUAAGCUUGAGCGGACGCUUGCGAAAGAGCAAGAGGCUCAGGUGAAUAAGUUGAAGCGUCGAAUCGAGAGACUUGAAAGCGAAAGUGAAUGGAAGCAACAGAUUUUGGAUAAGUUGAGGCGUGAUAAAAUAGAGCUUGAAAAUGCCUUGGAACAGGAACAGGAAGCCCUUGUCAACAGACUUUGGAAGAAAAUGAAAAAGCUGGAGGAUGAAAAACGCAUUCUUCAGGAUAAGCUUGAGAGUGUCAGUGCUCCUCCAUCGGAGAGUCCCAGCGUGCAAAACAUAUCUGCAGUAGCGGUUGGUGGUGCAAACCAAACGCAGCAUUUGGCCUCUAUCCCGAUGGCUUUUAUACAAACCAGUCAAAAUCGUCACUCUGCGGGUGGUUCUUUGCGCGGCUCCCUGCGCAUCCCUACUACAGAUGCGCUCGGAAGGAGCAGUUUUGACAGCUUCGAGUCGAGUGGGUGUCAGUCAGAUAACGCUGGGCAGUCUCCCACUCAUUCGGGAGCCAGGGGCUCCCUCACUUCCUCGAUUAGCCCGCGUCCAUCCCAAAGCCCCAUGGAACUUGAUGUAAGUUUGGAAUUUCGUCGAAUUCACUCAACUCGAUCUCACUGGAAAAUAUCAUUUAUAGAUGCCAGCUUGCCAACAGGCAGCCUUGUGCGUUCAGAUAGCUCUCAGUCCGGAAGUCGCUCACAUCGCAAUAGCUUUCAACCCAGCAACGCUUCAGUAGCCGAGUUGACUGCUGAAAGCACAGUUGCCGGAGCCGCGUACGUGGCAAAGCUGCGUGAAGAGGUCAUUCGAUUACGUCGCAUUGUCGCUGUUACUCAGGCUGAGCAGGUUCUUCGUUCGAACCAGGAGCGUUCAGCCAUGGACGAGAAUGCUCGACUGCGCCAACUGUUGGAGGUUGAGGUGGAUCGCACAAGGGCUCUUACACGAGCCCUCAGCGAUAGCGAGUCUAGUCUUGAGAUUGAAGAUGAACGGUGUUACAAUGACGCUAGGCGCUUCGCGACUUCAUCGAUUCGUUUACGCACUACCUCCGACGGCUGCCCUUCACCCUUGGUGCAGGGACCCUUCUUGGGUCCGGGCCAUGCCUACGCCGCGGCCGUUUUUCAGGGUCGUAACAACUCGGGCCGCGUCUGUCGAGAGUGUGGUCAACCUCUUCCCCCUUACAGGGCGCCUUAUCACUGUGGUGCCGUGACACCCCCACCCUCGUCACCCUCUCCUGGUUCUUUUGUUAAACCUUCGCCCCAUAUUCGACCUCCGCACUCAAUUAGACAGUCAAAUGCUUCCGCCACAGUCACCACCACCGGUUGUGUUACAUCCGCUGCAAACGUUCCCACCAGACACUCCGCCAACACCUCUGAAGGAGAGGAGGAGGACGAUGAGCGCUCCAAGACUCCACCCGCCAGCAUGACAGACUAA